AUCAUUGUGUAAACUUAGCAGACAUGUAAAAAACUAGCAACUCCUUUUCUUACGAAAUUGUAUAAUUCCUUUUUGAACUAAAAUAAUAUCAAAAUUUUAAAAGUACAGAACACUUUAGUAUCUAGUUUUUUAUUAUUCGAAUUUUUGGCGGAUUUAACAAAAUUCUUAGAAAUCCAAUGUCUUUAUUAAAAUUUUCUUCGAUUACUCUAAGCAAAGGCUUAUUAUUUAUGUAUUAUGUAAACCGAUCGCAUCAACCUGUUUUAACAAGCAAUAUGCGGAGACUAUCGUUAAGGAAGAGUGGAAGCUUUAAAUCUUAUGUUGAUCGAUCACAUCCACCUAUUUUAUCAAGCAAUAUAUGGAGACUGCUGUUUAGAAGGACUGGAAGCACAAAAUCCUCUGGUUGCGAUGGUGAAAAGGAUAAGAAUAAAAAAGCUGCCGCAAAGGAUCGAGCAAAAGUGGAAGCAUAUGAGAAGAAAUGUUUGGCAAUUCAGAAAAAGGCCUUGGACGAAGAAUUGAAAAACUUAGGCUCCAAAGACAAAAAAUUAAUUCAGAGCAUGAUGAAGUGUCUUGCAGAGGGUAUGCAAAGAGCGUGUAGAAAAAGGGCACAGCAAAAGCUUUAUGAAGAUAAGGUCAUUGGUGCUCAAUGUUUAGAAUUAGAAAAAAUGGACAAGCUUAGGGCUAUGAUAACUCAAUUUGAGAAGAACAAGUCAAGUCAAGUCAAAAGAAAAAAUAAUGAAAAUAAAAAUAAGAAAGAGAAUAAAAGUUGUAAAAAACAAAAUGCUAAUCAGAGUGAGAAGCAAAAUAAGGAUCCCAUUAACUCAAUAUGUGAUUCUUUGUCAAAAAAAGAAACUCCGAAAGACAAUUCACAGAAUAUGUUUACAAUAAAGUUUGAUAAGUGUAUGAGAAACAGGUGGACCGAAGUAUGUCAAUGUCGCAAACGAUUCAGUAAAAAAGAAAACCGAAAGCUUGCAAAAUUUCACAAGAACUUGGAAGAUGAAUUUAAAAAAGAAUGCGAAAAGAAGGCGAUAAGUGAAUUAUGCAAGGAAAAAUCCAAGAAAUCAAAUAAAAAAGAUAAAGACAAAAAAGAUGUAAAAGACAAAAAAGAUAAACCGAAAAAAGCGAAAAGUCCGGUAGAUAAAGAAAAGGAAAAAAAACUUAAAGAAGAGAUCCUUAAAAAAGACAAGGAAGAAGUCGAACUUAUAAAAUCUGAGCUUCGAGGUCUUAAGAAAAAGUGCCAUGAGACCGCUAAACAGAAACAAGAGGCUGCUCAACAAAAAAAAUGUGCGGAAAUGGCCAAGAAACACAAGCAAGAGGCUGAGAAAAAGAAGUGUGAAGAGAAGGCUAAAAAGGCAAAAGAAGAGGCCGAAAAGAAACGGUGUGAAGAGAAGGCUAAAAAGGCUAAGGAAGAAGCUGAAAAGAAGAAAUGUGCAGAAAAAGCUAAAAAAGCUAAAGAAGAGGCAGAAAUGAAGAAAUGUGCAGAAAAGGCUAAAAAGGCUAAAGAAGAGGCUGAAAAGAAGAAAUGUGAAGAAAAGGCUAAAAAGGCUAAAGAAGAAGCUGAAAAGAAGAAAUGUGCAGAAAAAGCUAAAAAAGCUACAGAAGAGGCAGAAAUGAAGAAAUGUACAGAAAAGGCUAAAAAGGCUAAGGAAGAAGCCGAGAAAAAGAAAUGUGCAGAAAAGGCGAAAAAGGCAAAGGAAGCGACCGAGAAAAAGAAGCGUGCGGAAAAAACAAAGAAAAAAGGAGCUCAACAGAAAAAACAGAAGAAUGAUCCAAAAUGCAAGGCUAAGGAACAGGCUCUAAAAAUGAAGAAGCGAAAAGAAGCUCUGAUUAAGAGGCAAAAGAAAGAAGCUGCAUCGAGGAACAAGUGUGAAAAGACAAAUAAAGAAACCAAAAAAUGAAACAACGAUAAAAGUAAUGAAAUUCAAAAAUGUUAAGAAUGAAGCGUUUCCUAACCAAAUGUAGAGUAGUUUGGCUUCAAAAAUGCUGACCGUUAAUCCAGAUCAGAUUGAGAUAGCGCUCUCAAAGGAUUUAAGAUAUAAGUUAAUAAUAAGUGUAAUGAAGUACAAAAAUAAAUCUAAAUUAUUUAAA